UUGACAAGUCACAAGUUGAUUGUUCGUUGACUCGUGUUAAAUAAUUGAAUAAUUAUUAAUAAUAAAAAAGUGUUAUUGUUAAAAUAAUAAAAAAUGCUUCGAAGACAAGUUCGUGCAAGACGUGAAUAUUUAUACAGAAAAUCUGUGGAGGAUAAACGUCGAACAAUACAAGAAAAAAAAGAUAGUAUAAAAAAAAGUUUGGAUAAUAAUACACCAAUUCAUCCAGAUUUACGUAAAUCAGCUCUUCAUCUACAAAGAAAAUCAGAAUGGGAAGAUGCUGGUCCAGAGUUGGCUGUAGCCCAGGGUACAGAAAUGGGUGGUACAACUGGUGAUCAUGAAGAUGAUGAAUAUCGUUGGGCUGGUGUUGAAAAUCCAAAAAUAGUCAUAACAACAGCAAGAGAUCCAAGUUCACGUUUGAAAAUGUUUGCUAAAGAAUUUAGAUUGUUAAUUCCAAAUUCACAAAGAAUGAAUCGUGGUAAUCAUGAAAUGAAAGAAUUAAUUCAUGCUUGUCGAGCAAAUGAUGUUACUGAUUUUAUUAUUAUUCAUGAACAUCGUGGUAUACCAGAUACUUUGAUUAUUUGUCAUUUACCAUAUGGGCCAACAGCAUAUUUUACAAUUAAAGAUGUUGUUAUGAGACAUGACAUACCAGACAUUGGCACCAUGUCUGAACAAUAUCCACAUUUAAUAUUUCAUAAUUUCAAGACAAAACUUGCUGAAAGAACAAUGAGUAUACUCAAGUAUUUAUUCCCAGUACCAAAAGAAGACAGUAAACGUAUAAUAACAUUUGCAAAUCAUGAUGAUUAUAUAUCAUUUAGACAUCACAAUUAUAAAAAACUUGAUAAUAGAAAUAUUGAUUUAACUGAAGUUGGACCAAGAUUUCAACUUAAACUUUAUGAAAUUAAACUUGGUACACUUGAUUCAACUGGAGCUGCUGAUACUGAAUGGGCACUUAGACCAUACAUGAAUACAAGUCAUAAAAGAAGAUUUUUAUCUGAUGAAGAUGGAUGGCAACAAGAAGAUGAUAUUUAAUUUUUUGUAUUUUAAUUAAUAAAAACUAUUUUAUAAAUUAA